GUGGCCCAUGUGUUUUGACAGACAGGAAAGUAAAUAUGGCAGACGACGUAGUCCCAGUACCCAGCCACUUCAAAUUUAAAAUGGAUCAAAUCGGGGCCAAUAUUUUAGCUCUUCCUCCGGAGAUCAUCAGAGCCGUUCUCAUUUUACCGAAUAUAUCAUUGAACGAUGUUAUUAGUGUGGCGCAGACAUGUCAAAAGAUGAACGCGUUGGUAUCCGACGAUUGCAAUGAUGUUUGGCGAGCAAAGCACCGACAACGGUGGCCUGAUGCCAACAAGGAGUUAUUGAGCAUUUCGGCGGAAUUGGAUUGGCAAAGUGAAUGUAAACGAGCAUUCCACCUUAUCGGCAUGACAGUCAAGCUCAUGGAGGAAGUCUGGCCUAAGGUAUACAUGGAGAGCGAAGUUUGCUACUCUCAUUUUGCUCCUCUUCGCAAAAUCAUGGAAGAGGAUCAAACCGCAUAUUUCUACAUUAAAGAUUUUCUUUUGAAAUCUGAAAGGGAUGGGAAUUUGUAUUCAAAUCUCUCCCAGAAAUAUUUAGCUAAAAGGGUUUUAAGAUAUGUGCGCCAAGAAUAUUUGACAAAGCAGUGGAAAUUGUUUAAAGCUCUUCCUGACGAUAAGCAAUUGCUAGAAGUUGGAGCCAGUUAUGUUUCUCAGUGGUGUCAGCCUUUGAUCGAACUGCCCACAAAUGAAUUAGGAAUGUACCUGGAUUCUUUGGCUGAUUGUGUUCUUGAGGAACUGGGGCAAAGUGUCCCAGACCAUCCUAUAUUUUCUAUAAGCCUGGAGGAACGAAGAAAAUGGGGCAAAGAGACCCUUGCUAGUGAUUUGUGGGAUGCAAGGCAUUGCAUGUCAAUCCUUCAUGCUAUGGAUUAUGUUCUCAUUGACAGGCUCGGAUUUCAUGGGACCAGAGAAAAUUAUCAUCACAGGGAAAACUAUUUAAUUGAUGUCGUAGUGUCGAUGCAUCAGGGUGUACCCAUUACACUCAAUAUUAUUGUUGAAAGUGUAGCCCGGCGUCUUGGUGUUCGCACUGAACCAUGGUAUCGUGGUCACCUUGUGCUGAUGUGGCAGAGUGAUAAGAACCCUGAAUUAAGACAUGUAUUCUUAGAUCUUUUCAAUGGAGGACGCCUUAUUCGUCCUGAAGCAUACAUGGGAGUUGUAGAAGGAGGUGGUUGCCCCUAUCGAGUUCCUCAUUGCCCGAAGAGACGUGUAACAGUCAUUGAGGUCAUUGAACGAUUGACGGCUGGUGUUGAAGUUGCUGGUCGAAUGAGCAUGAGAAGCAAUGGUCAUAGCACGUAUUUGAGAAGUGCUCUGGAGCUCAUGUUUGUGAUAAACCCAAGGAAUCUGACUCACAUAUUGCAUUUAGCCAGACUGUACAUGCUAUUUAAUAUCAGUGUUUCUGAACUCAUUGAUAGUAUUAUGUCAACAAUGGAUGAUCUUCCUAGUGAUGUUCAUAGCCAUGCUGAAAAUAUUCUCAGAAUGUUUAAGGUUUAUUUGCCUGAUCCAGAAGGCAAACCACUUCCUGUGCCUCAAACUCGGGUAUCAACACCUGGUGUGAAGUAUGCAGUUGGAAUGUCAAUGUUCCAUAAACAGUACAAUUAUCUAUGCGUUAUCACAGGAUGGGAUCCUAAAUGCACUGCUACAGAAACAUGGAAACAGGAAAUGGGUGUGCAAUGCUUGAAACAUAAAGAUAAUCAGCCGUUUUACAAUGUUUUAGUCCCAGAUGGCACAACACGAUAUGCAGCUCAAGAAAACUUGGAGCCAUUGGAGGGAAAGGAUAGUUUAAACACAUUCAAUGUGCACCCUGAUGUUGGCCGUUAUUUUGAUUCGUACAUAAAUGGUUAUUAUGUUCCCAAUGCUCUAAAGAUGGCGGAGUAUCCAAAUGAUUUAAAUGUCUGUAAAAAGUUUUAUGGUAAAAAAUGAUUGGUUAUGAUGACCAAUGUGAAAUACCUAUGAGCUCAACAUUUCUGUUUGAAGUGCUUGAUCAAAUAAUCUAUCAAAAGUAAUGUUAUACUAGAACAUAGUAGUUAUUUCGUGAUAUGAUAUUCCAUUUAUUGUUUUGUUAAAUGUUAAACUUCAUUUAGUUCCAUUCCAUUUGUAUUUGAGAAGCAAAUGGUAUGCUGAGAGCUAUAUUUGCUUUCUGAAAUGAACUUGUGCUACUGUGACAAAUCCACCUCACAUUUGAAUGGCUUUACUCUAGUUUCAUACGUGUGUGAGCUACAGUAGUUCCAUUAUUUUUCUGUACUGCAGGUGUCCUGCUAACAUUAUUCAUUAAAGGCUUGAAUAUAAUAUCAAAACCAACUAGAAAUGAGUCUAAUCUUGUAACCUUGAAACAGAUCAAGGAGUCCCACUGAAAAUGGCAUUUGCUGGUGUAGUGAGUGUACAAGGUUUCAAGACAGGUAGUGAUUACUUCCUCUCUGUUUUCUUGCUGAGUUAUUGUUUCAUCAGCCUGGAAUUAUCUUCCAACAUUGUCAGACCUUAAGUCGAGGUGCAGGAAGGGGUGGUUCUAAUAAUAAUAAUAAUCAAAUAAAUAAAUAAUAAUAAUUAUGGCUUCCUCAACUAUUUUAGCCAUUUGCCUUGUGAUCUGUAUUCUGAUGGAGUUUUUUUAGAUGUUUGUCCUAGAAUCCCAUUCUGUUAAACUUGCAUAAAAAAAUUCCUAUCACUGCUAUUGGCUUGAAAAUGGGUCUUAAGAAAACGUAUCAUAUAAUACUAGACUAGAAAAUUGGUGAGAUACUAAUUUCCUCUGGAGAAAAGUGCAGUGCAUUUUUUUUUCUGACCUUAUCAUUAUUUAGUCUUUCCUCGUGUUUCUACUGGAAAAUAAAUUUAUCUUCUAACAGUAA